UGGGAAGGAUUUGUGAGUAUGGUAAAAGGCAAUAUCGGAACCGGUAUAUUGGCUCUGCCCUAUGCUAUGAAACACGCCGGAUUAGUGUUUGGACCUUCACUCCUUCUGAUUAUGGCCAUCACAUCCACUCAUUGCAUGCAUAUCUUGGUUCUUAGUAGCCAAAUUAUCAGCAAACAUAUCAAGACUCCAUGUGCCGAUUAUGGAAAAACUGCUGAAUUAAGUAUCGAUAAGGUUUUUCCAAAGAAAUCCCAAUAUUUUAGAAAACUCGUUAACUGUGCUAUAUGGUUGCUACAGUACAGUUUUUCCACCACGUAUAUACUUUUCAUUGCAGAAAAUCUUAAACAGUAUAUCGAAAGUUUUAACGUUAGACCUGAUAUAUUGUAUGUACUCCAUUUAAUUGGUCAUUUUGACGUAAGAAUAUGGAUAUUGCUACUGGUACCUCCACUUAUAAUUUUCAGUUACAUCCGCUCACUAGAUAUCCUGGCUUAUUUUUCAUUUUUCGCAAAUAUUUGCUUGGUCAUUGGUUUAAUCAUUAUUUACCAGUACAUCUUUCAAGGUAUCCAUCAUAUAGAAAAGCUACCAUUAAUUGCAUCCCCUAAUGUUAUUCCUUUGUCGAUUGGAGCUAUCAUUUUUGCUUUUGAAGGCAUAUGUAUGGUUCUUCCACUAGAAAAUAGAAUGAAAAAGCCACAAAAUUUUGGUAAAAUUUUGUGGGCAGCGCAGAUUUUUACAGCAACCUGCUACAUGUUGAUGGCUGUAGGAGGUUAUCUUCGUUACGGCUCCCACAGUAAGGGCAGCAUUACACUUAAUUUACCAAGAACACCUCUAUAUCUGAGCGUUCGGGGUUUAUAUGCCACCAGUAUUUUUUUCUCAUACCUACUACAAUUCUACGUCCCAACAAAUCUCCUUAUAACAUAUUGGAAACGUACUGUAUUAGCUGAAGCUAGCGAGAUCAAAAUAGCAUCAAUUGAUCUAGCAUAUCGAACUCUAAUGGUUAUUGUAACAGCGGCUAUGGCCAUUGCAGUUCCUAAGCUGGGUCUAGUUAUUUCAUUACUGGGAGCAUUCUUAGGCAGUAUGUUGUGUAUAAUUUUUCCUGCUAUAAUUAAGAUUGGAACGGAUUACUCGUACCGUUCUUCUAUUUCCUAUUGGAUACUUGCGAAAGAUAUUAUUAUUGGCAUUUUUGGUUGCUUAUGUUGCGUCGCUGGAACGGGGCUAUCUGUAUAUCAAUUAGUUCUCGCUUUCGGAAAUCAUACAAAUCAUCAACAUGGUUUUGCCAACGUUACGCAGAACUGAAACUCUGAUAACCAAGAUAUAAUUUCUGAUUGAAGGUUUAAUAUUUAACUGCGACUAUGGCGACAGCAGUAUACAGAUCGUUUCGAUUCUAUAUGCAUCUUUGUAUGAGAUACUGUUAUUGUACAAUCUAUUAUAUAGAGUACUUUCUGAUUGCUGUAAUUAAUAAUGGCAAAAAUG